AUGAGUCCUUAUCAUGUGCUAGGCAUUGAUAAUUUGUGCAAUGAAUUUUUUGGCAGAGUAGUCGGAAUUCGUUUAAUUGAUGCUCCAGUUCUUCAUCCAAUGUCUGAAGGAUUGUUCAACUUUGUAAUCGGAUGGACCUUCAUGUUUGCUCCCUUAUUAUUCACAGAUCGAAAGAGGGACAGAUACAAGGGUUCUCUUGAUAUUUUAUGGGGUUUGCAGAUGUUCCUUACCAACACAUUCUUAAUCCCUUACAUGGCAAUACGGCUGAAUGAGGCUGAUGCCGACUAUAUUCAAAGAAAACGCUCUCAACUAGGCUCCGUGAUGACAAAUGGUGGGCCCAUUGUAGGACUUGUUGGCGGAGCUGUAUGUCUGAUAUCUGUGCUUUGGGCCCUCUAUGGUCGAAUGGAUGGAAAUUUUGGCAGCAUAACAGACAGAUGGGACUUCCUGGUUAGUUAUCUUGGAUCAGAAAGGUUGGCUUAUGCCUUCAUAUGGGAUAUUUUUCUUUACAUAAUUUUCCAGCCUUGGUUGAUAGGUGACAACCUGCAAAAUAUUCAGACAGGCAAGGUGGGUAUAGUGAAUUAUCUUAGAUUUGUGCCUGUGGUUGGUUUAAUUGCCUACCUUCUCUUUUUGAACCUUGAUGAGGAACUAUAG